AUGUCAGGACUUGAGGCUAAGCUUCACAACUUGCGGCCAGGGCUUAUUGUGGCCGGACUUAUGCUUAUAGGACUCAUUAUAGUCGAUCAAAGAGUCAUAAAGCACCAUCACUGCGACAAAGAGAAAAGCCUAAACGAAGUCAAAGGCGAGAAAAUGGAGCGUGAGGACGAGCACGAAGAAGACCACAGCCACAAAAAAGACCAUGUUGAAAUAUGCCGCAUGGACGAGGACGAUCACAGUCACAGUCACGGACAUAGUCACGAUCACAGUCAUAGUCACGGACAUAGAGAGUUGCCGAAUAACGACGAAGAAAUCAAAGGGUGCUGCACAGAGGGUCUUAAAUACAAGACCACCAUAAAACAGGCACUUAUUUUCAUCUUCAUAUUCUCCAUACACUCAAUAUUUGAAGGCUUUGCGUUUACCCCGCAGCAGACCUCUUCUAUUUCGCUCUUUUUGGGCCUGCUAGUGCACAAAGUGCUUGAGUCCAUCACGGUGGGAAUUGCUUUGUUUUCCUCCAAGUUCAAAAAAAGAGCAACCACAGGACUUCUUUUUGUAUACUCAAUGCUUACUCCUCUCGGAAUGAUUAUGGCAUAUUACAUUUCAGACAUAUUCAACAGCUGGCUUAUUAAGGACAUAUUCACAGGAAUAGCCUUUGGGAGUCUUUCAUUCAUCGUGCUUGUAGAAAUGCUUCCGCCAAUUGUCCACUCACUCACCAACCCCAUGAAGGUGCUUUACCUCCUGGCAGGGUACGUGGUCGGCGCUAUUUUUAUUAGCAUGGUGCACUCGCAUGGAUAA